ACGGGGAGAUUGGUGACACACCAGCUUAUUGUUGCACAAUGGGGUUUGUGGUUGCUGACAUGUCAGUUUUUAAAUUGUAUAGUAUAUUUACAGGUGAAAAGGUGAGACGCUAUUAUAACGCUUCCACAAUUCAUGAUAUUAGAUUUCUACUAACUAUUGACGGUGACUGCAUAACCUCAGAGGAAAGAGAAAAAACCCUGUAUAAUAACAUGCAUUCGAAAGGAAGUCGCGGUGCGGCUGCGUCGCGUCCAAUUUUUGAGUCGGUGGGAAAUGCGCAUGCACAGCCGCAGAUAUACUUGUCGGUAAUAGUUUGGACUUUGGACAGGAAAGAGUAGUAUGCAGUCAGAGGGUUGCUACCGUGCCCUGUUUCGGCAAAAAGUGCUCGGCUGAGAACCGAUCACCGAAACCAGACACAGCACACAGUGAUAUUUUGUUCCCCUCCUUGUGAUCUUAUUGGUUUUGUUAUAGGUCGUUGACUAACGGUAAACUUUACGUAAACACAGGAGUUUUUCAUUGACCAAUGUGAAAAUGGCUCCGAUCAUUCUCGGCCUUACCAUCAUGUUGUUGUUGGGUUGCUCCGUACAAAGUGGUAAAACAGAAGCUGCCGUUGAUGUGAUCCAUUCGCUCACCCAUCAAAUCGUCCCCGUCAAUGCUGUGCAUUGGCCUGCCAUUUUGGGUGACGAUCGAUCGCACCGAACGGGAAACAUUGACGGCCGCUUGGAGCGCUCUCUUUUCGGCAGCAGCAGCAGCACUAGCACUACUAGCACCGGGGGUUGCCUCGAACAGAGCGAAAUCAGCGAAAAUACCAUCAUCCGCACUAAAGAUUCGAGGGCUCUUGGGGCUAAAUUCCUGAAUGAAACUAGUCUUGGAGCUGACGCUCGAGAUCGAUGUUUGAAUCUAUGCUGUUCUUUUCAUGGCUGUAAUGUGGCCGUCUACGAAGAAAAGGACGGAGGGAAUUGUUAUCUGUUCGACUGUGGACCGGCUGAGGAUUUCCGAUGCAAGUUCACUUCCCACAGUCAUUAUACGAGCGGUGUGAUUCGUCGGCGUGAGAACGCUCACGAAGAAGAGCUGACUCAACUAAAAAAGAUCGUGGUCACUGAAGUCACUACGACAGCACAGCCCGUUGCUACCAUACCUAUUACUAAUCCUCCAACUACUACUACGCCACCAUCUACAGCCAAACCAGUGAGAACGUGCAGUCGAUAUCAGUUCGAAUGUCAUACAACCAGGGAAUGCAUCGCCAUCUACAAUGCCUGCGAUGGCAUUGCUCAAUGCUCCGACGGAAGUGACGAAGCUCCCGAACUUGGCUGUCCAGCUACGACCACGGAGACUCCAACUACUAGGACAUUAGUGACGACGCACCAGCCAGUCAUCAAUGCCAAAAAUUCUCCGGUCGAUAUCCAACAGAAUUCGGUUAUUGCCCAACAUCCGCCUUUAGAUUGGAGAGGGAGUCGAGGACGCGAUCGAUACAGCGAACGGGAUCAAGUUGCAUCGGUUGAAUUGCCGCCAAAUCCGGACGUAAAUCAUUGGAGGACAGGCCAGGAAAAUACGAGGAACUAUGAGCGAGCACACCCUCCUUACCAAACGGGUAUCAGUGGCGAAGCUAUCCCGUAUUCAGUUGAACCGGAUCGAUCCGCCAAUUCUUACUACAAUCCCGACAUUCGCCACUAUGGAUCAACAUGGACUGAACGCCAAGAUCGACCAAUAAGCAACGUGAAUGACUACCGGGCCGUUGACAAUACUUACUACUACGAAAAGGAUGCCCGACCAUCCUAUGAUGCUAGCAGUAACGUCUAUCCCAGUCGCAAGCACGAUUGGGAAAGAAAUAAUGCAGUCAUAGUCAAUAGCAGUCCACCUCAACAUUCCUUCUUAGCUGUACCAGUCGAGAGUCGCCCUAUCCAACCGAUAGCUCCGAUUGUAGUGGAUAACUCCCGUCCAGUGGUAGUUGAAUCCACUGGCCAACUUGUGCAGAAAGUUCCUGCCAUACCAGAACAGAAAAUUGUUAAAACACCAGAACUUACGACGGUCGCUCCAGUUGUUGCAGUGGAAACAACUACAAUCGCUCAGCAAAACAUCACGAUUCCAGCCAAGAGCAAAUCGCUCUCUUUAAUCACUAAACCCGAAAUCGUUGCGAACCAUGCUCACAUCCAUCACUUUAGCGUAAAUCAAGCUGAUUUCCAAGAGGAGAAGGCCGAAAGGUCUAGGCAAACAGUUGGCGCAGCAUGGGCAUUAACUUUAGGUUUGUCUGUCACGGCCGUACUGGUCCUUCUCGUCGGCUGUCGUCUUCGAUCACUGAAACGCCAUUUACGUCGCGGGAGAGGUGGGCACACGCGUGACGCUGAUUAUCUAGUCAAUGGCAUGUAUUUGUAAUGAUGAAGAGAUGAACGACGUGUAGAAAAAGAUCUCGUGUUUCGUACGAUGUAACACCCUCCCAAUCCACAUUAGACUUAAAAUUUUCGUUGCUGUCUUGCAACUAAUAAUUGAGGACUUUCAAUACACUACGUAUGUUAAAUUA